AUUUAAGCUUUUUGCCGUGCAUCGCACGGGUGAGCUACUAGUUUGGAUUAAUAUGAAGUUGGUCUUUUAUUGCACAAAAAAUCGUGAGGACCUGAGCCUAUAUUAUCUGCCCUUAUCCUCAACUGUAAUGUUUAGAAACAAAAAUGGCGGUGAAGCUGAGGUUGGCGAGGUUCGGGUGCAAGCACAGGCCCUUCUACAGACUAACGGCUGCCGAUAGCAAUUCUCCCAGGGACGGCAAGCAUCUGGAAGUUCUUGGUUUCUACAACCCUCUUGUCGGGGAAGAUGAUGAGAAACGAAUGAGUCUUAAGUCUGAACGGGUGAAAUACUGGCUAUCAGUUGGGGCCCAGCCAACGGAUUCAGUUCGGAGUCUUCUAUUCACAGCAGGCUUGCUUCCACCAACGCCAGUGGGACGAAAAGGUGGAGCCCAAGAUAGUCGUGAGGUUGAUCCUAUGACUGGGCUGGCAACAUCCUAUGACUGGGCUGGUAACGUUUGAUUGUUCUAAAUGUUCCCCCCUAGCUGUUGGCUAAUGAGACAUAUUCUCAAACCUUAAGUUUGCAAAGUAUUUAUUUAAUGUGAAUGACCUAAAUUGUGGUGGAGGGGAGAAUUAUGGCUACAAGCACAGGUAGUAUAUGUUUGUGUUCACUCAUUUGGUGUUUGCUUUCUUUUCUUUCUCACCGUGUGAAUUGUGAAAUAUCCGCUGACUCAAUGUUUCAAUUGGGACAUUGGGUACAAGUUUUUAGAGGCUAAUUAUAAAAUACUUAAAUAUGAGUAACAUGUUUUUCC